UCUCUCUCUCUCUCUGCCUACAUCCUCUCUGUCUGUCCUCCUUUCCUUCCUCCCUUUUGUUCAUUCCCUCCUCUCAAAAGACAACAUAAACAAGUAUAGAUAGAGAGAGAGAGAGAGAGAGAGAGAGAGAGAGAGAAAGACCAAGGAAAAAGAAUACCAGAAAAGAUACUACUACAACAACUACUACUACUAGUAGUGAGCCAUGGAAGAAGAAUCUAAGCAAGUGAGGAGGAAAAGCACUUCCAGGAAGUGCACUUCAGUUGUGGGCACUAGGCCCAACUCCACUGCUCUAAUGGAGCUCUACAACUCAAGGCAGCACCACCACCACCACCACCACCACCACCACUACCACCACUACCACCACCACCCCCCAUCCCAAAACUGCUUCUGCUUCCACAGAGGAGCUCAACCUUACCCAGCCCUUCUCCCUCUCCCUCUCACCCUCCCCCUCCCCCUCCCCCUCCCUCCCCCUGUCCUCUUCUACAUCCCUCCUGCAACUCCACUUCCCCUAAUAAACAAAACCAACACCCCCAAAUCCAAACCCCAUCUGCACAAGUCUGCCACUACUGCCUGGAAGCACAAGUCAGGAAGUGCUUCUUCACUGGAACCUGAAGUUGCAGUCUCACCUCCCCUCCCUCAUGGUAUUGAAGUGAUACAGGAGAAAGCCAACCUGUUAAUUGAGAAGGAAAGCCCCCAAACUGCUGUUGAUUGUUUAGGCUCCCAUGAGAGGCCUUCGCCGAGCCCACAAGCAAUGCUUGUGGUGCGACGGCCGGAUUCCGGCGGCACUGAAGGCCCCGCGAUACCUCUCCUCGCGAACCAUUUUCUUGUACAAUUCGAUCCCUCGCAGAAAAUUUUCCACUACGAUGUGACCAUAUCCCCACAGCCGUCGAAAGAAGUCGCGCGAAUGAUCAAGAGAAAGCUAGUUGAGGAGAACUCCGACGCGCUCUCCGGCUCCCUUCCGGUAUUUGACGGCCGCAGGAGUCUGUACAGUCCUGUAGAGUUCGAAGAAAACAAGCUCGAGUUCUUCGUUAACUUGCCGCUCCAGAAGCAGAAGCACAAGCUUUUCAGGGUGAACAUCAGAUUGGCCGCGAAAUUAAGCGGCGAGGAUUUGAAUAAGUAUUUGAACGAAGAAGGCGAGGAUGGAGCUCCUCUCCCCCAGGAUUAUCUUCAAGCAUUGGAUGUCGUUCUCCGAGAGAGCUCGACCGAGAGUUGUAUCCCUUUAGGGAGGUCUUUGUAUUCGAGCUCCAUGGGCGGAGCGAAAGAGCUCGGCGGAGGAGCCGUCGGAUUGAGAGGCUUUUUCCAGAGCCUGAGGCCCACAAAGCAAGGCCUUUCUCUCAACGUCGAUUUCUCCGUAACUGCUUUCCACGAAAGCGUAGGCAUCAUCGCCUACUUACAGAAGCGCUGCGACUUCUUAAAAGAUCUUUCGCAGAGGAAGAACAGGGGAUUGAUCGAAGAAGAGAAGAGGGAGGUGGAGAAGGCUUUGAAGAAUAUUAGAGUGUUUGUUUGCCACCGAGAGACGGAGCAGAGAUAUAAGGUCUUCAGCUUAACCGACGAGGCGACGGAGAAACUCAAGUUCAGGGACCGGAGCGGGAGGGAUAUGACGGUGGUGGAUUACUUCAAGGAUCAAUACAACCACGACAUACAAUUCCGGAACCUUCCGUGCUUGCAAAUUAGUAGAAGCAAGCCGUGUUAUCUACCGAUGGAGCUCUGCGUGGUUUGCGAAGGCCAAAAAUUUUUGGGGAAGCUUUCGGAUGAGCAAACUGCGAGGAUACUUAAGAUGGGGUGCCAACGGCCCGGAGAGAGGAAAGAUAUUAUCAAGGGCGUUGUAGGAGGGGAAUUGGGCCCAACAAGUGGAUCCUAUGCUAAUCAGUUCAAGCUCCAAGUAUCGCGAGAGAUGACCCAACUUUGCGGGAGAGUGCUUCAACCUCCCAAGCUAAAAUUUGGCGAUGGCGGGCACGUCAAAGAUAUUACUCCAAACCGACACGAUCGGCAGUGGAACUUGCUCAACAGCCACGUGGCCGAGGCCUCCAAGAUCAGAAGAUGGGCCCUGAUAAGCUUCGGCGGCUCCCCCGAGCAGCACUUUUGCGUCCCAAAAUUCAUAAACCAGCUUUCUAAUCGGUGCGAGCAGCUUGGUAUUCUAUUGAACAAGAACACGAUUGUUAACCCGCUGUUCGAGCAUAUUCAGCUGCUCAACAAUGUGGCUUCUUUGGAAAUCAAGCUCAGGAAGAUCCAAGAAGCUGCUUCUGGGAACCUGCAGCUGCUUAUCUGUGUGAUGGAGAAGAAGCACAAGGGUUACGCCGAUUUGAAGAGAAUUGCGGAGACUUGUAUCGGUGUUGUGUCGCAAUGUUGCUUAUACUCCAAUUUAAGCAAGCUUACAUCACAGUUUUUAGCAAAUCUAGCCCUUAAGAUCAAUGCUAAGCUCGGUGGGUGCAAUGUGGCGUUAUACAACACUUUGCCCCGCCAAAUUCCGAGGAUUUUCUCUGAUGACGAGCCGGUGAUGUUCAUGGGUGCGGAUGUGACACACCCGCAUCCGCUCGAUGAUUAUAGUCCGUCGGUUGUUGCAGUGGUGGGCAGCAUGAACUGGCCUGCGGCAAAUAAGUACAUUUCGAGGAUGAGAUCGCAGACCCACAGGAAGGAAAUCAUCGAAAGCCUCGACGACAUGGUCGUAGAGCUUUUCGAGGAGUUCCUCUUGGAAGCCCAUAAGCUCCCUAGUAGAAUCAUUUUCUUCCGAGACGGGGUUAGCGAGACUAUGUUCUACAAAGUGCUCAAAGAAGAGCUGCAGGCUAUAAAAGCCGCGUGCUCGCGAUUCCCAAAGUACAAGCCGUCAAUCACUUUCAUCGUGGUGCAAAAGAGGCACCACACAAGGCUGUUUCUGAACGAAGAGAACGGCUUAUCGAAGAAGCCGUUCGACGAGAACAUACCGCCGGGGACCGUGGUCGAUACGGUGAUCACCCACCCGACAGAAUUCGACUUCUACUUGUGCAGCCACUGGGGGAUGAAGGGGACUAGCAGGCCAACACAUUACCAUGUCUUGUGGGAUGAGAACCACUUUAACUCUGAUGAAGCGCAAAAGUUGAUCCACAAUCUAUGCUAUACCUUUGUGAGGUGCACUAAACCGGUUUCUAUCGUUCCUCCUGCUUAUUACGCUCAUCUUGCCGCUUAUAGAGGGAGAUUGUAUCUUGAGAGGUCGGACUACGCGGCGUGUACGAGGCCGAAACUUUAUAGAAAUACUCCUUUGCAGACUACGCCGCUUCCGAAGCUCAGAGAUAAUGUUAGUAAGCUUAUGUUUUACUGCUGAGAUCCGCGUGUCAGUACAGGCAUAAACAAUGUGUUAGAAGCUCACAACAUUCGGCAUCGCGCACUGUUUCAUCAUAUCGACCGCAAUGCCGUGGUUGAUCUGAUCUUUUGGCUUCUGAAGGAGGUUUCCGCCGGAUUGUCACUUUAUGGCUUGUUUAGCAGCUUUAAUAUGUGAAACACUCUGGUAGUACAUGUUUCUUUUUCUCUUUCUUUUUGUUGUUGAAAGAUUUAUAUCUGUUCCUUUUUCUGGUGAUCGGAAUUGUAAUUUGUAUAUCCAACUACAAAUGUUAUCUUGUGAA